GUUAAUAUUCGAUGGGUGAACGUCUUGCAAACCUAUCAUUUGAUGCGUGCUUUGCAUUUCGAUGAGGGGCAUAAUUUUCACCUCAACUACAUGAAUGUUUUCUGCAAAGCAUUGGGUUACGAUGGAAACGAUCGCGCAUGUCUUCGAAUAACAUCGGAUUGUUUGAAAAACUGCAGUCGCAAAGAUCCAGAGCUAGCUCGCGUGCUAAAGAUUUUAAUUCGAAAGAAUUCUCUGGAUGCGUCGCAACUGCAGGAUUGUGGACUUCGACAGGAUUAA